CCCACUAAAAUAAAAGAUCAUCCCCUUAAUAUUCUUUUUGAAAACUUUAUCAUGGAUGAGUAUGUUCGUGCCAUCGUGCAAUGGGUUCAGCCGUCGGUCAAAGCCUCACCCUACAUCUGGAGCGCAGCUGGGCUCACCUUUCUCCUCGGCGUGCAAGUACUCUUGGCCGUGGCCAUUCUUCAUGGUGAUGAGGCCACUGUUCGGAGGCAACUGAUCUCUCUGCAACGAAUUGAUGCCGACGAAGAUGAGUCCCCGGAAAUAGACGGUACCGAAAAGAAAGACAGCAAAGGCCACCCAAAGCAACAGGUCGUCGAAAUAUCUCCCGUCGCUUCAUGCGCACCUAUCAAAGUCAAUUUGAAUCAGCACCCUGACGCUCAAGGCAAAUACCACAACUGUUACAUGUUUGCCGUCGACUUUCAUCAAGUAGACGAACACGGCUUUGCCAUUUGGAAAUCUCUGGAACAGCAGACCAAACCUGCAUUGUCACAAAUAAAGACCGAAUUAUGGCUGCCGAAACCCCAUGCCGACAAAAAUGAUCUUUUGGCCCUGGCCGGCGGCUGCAUCGUCAUGUCAUUUGCUGACCCUGCCGUUCCAAGCUGGCUGAAUCAAAUCGCCGGAAUGAUAGGCAAGAAUUUAAAGGCGCCUCAAGUUGCUUGCAUCCUGCCACUGCAAUUCUCACUGGAGGAUAUUGAGCAGAAUAAGCUCAGUAUGAGACCUUUCAAGAUUGAUGGACGAGAUGGGAGGGGGUUGGAUAUGGAGAAGCUACCGGCAUUCUCUGACAUCUUGCCGAAGCUCAAGCUUUUCCUUAGGUAUCCCGAGCCGCAAGGGAUCACCAUCUUCAAGCAAGUAUAG